GAACUUUGGAGGUGCAUUGGCAACGUUAUUGGCUUCAACACAAGGAGGAUCAGCACCAAUUACCUUAUUCAGGAGUGGCUCAACCGCAAUAGCACCUAUAUCAUCAACAUCUGAAAGCAUUUCAAUAAAUAAAUCAAACAGCUCAUGGUUCAUUAAAUUUUAAUCAAUUGCUUGUUGACGACGAACUGGGCAAGUUGGAUGGCAUGAUUCAACGUCCAAUUUCAUUAAUGUGUCGUCAUGGAUCAAAGGGAAUGUGUGAAUAUUGUUCUCCGUGGUCGCCAUGGGGUGAGUCGUACAGAAAAGAGCACAGUAUAAAGCAUAUUUCCUAUCAUGCUUACUUGAGUCAGCAAAUGGCUCAACCGUAUCCAAGAGGUAUAUGUUCCGAGUGCCAACCACCACCAAUCACUACCAAUCACAUUGCAAUUGCAAAAAUUUAGAAUGACUGAUCAUUUGGAAUACGCCAAUCACUCAAUAUUGAAUGACUUUGUCAAUGCGUGGCAGAUAUCAAAAGUACAACGAUUUGGUUACUCAUAUGGGAGAUAUGAAAAGUUUGAAAAAGUACCCAUGGGUAUCAAAGCAGUAGUUGAAGCUGUUGUUGAACCACCGCAACUGGAUGAAAUAGAAGGGAUUACGUUGCUGUAA